AUGGGCUCCAAAGCCAGCCUGGCGCCCUUGGCAUCACUGCGCGUGUCCAAGCACCUCAUCCCGGCACAUGGACUGUUCCCAAACACAAGCAUCCAAAACAAACCCCUAUUGAUCUAUCACUCCGCCUUUUCGUCAACGAGUGUAUCAGCCAUCGAAUCUCGCCUUACCUCCCUUGGUGUCGUCGAGCCGCAAUGGCGAUAUACCAUGUACAGCACGAGUCACUUUCACAGUACAACACACGAAGUUCUGAGCAUUAGCCAUGGGCGCGCUAAGCUUUGUUUUGGGGGCGAAGAUAAUGAAGGCCGGAUCGAGCCUGUAGUUGAGAAGGGCGAUGUCAUCAUUGUACCGGCCGGCGUUUCUCACCGCUUGCUGGAUGAUUUUGGCAGCGGAUUCGAGAUGGUCGGAAGUUAUCCCAAAGGCUGCCACUGGGAUAUGUGCUACGGCAAAAGGGGCGAAGAAGGAAAGAUUGAUGCCAUUGCUGAGGUACCGUGGUUUAACAGAGAUCCGAUAUAUGGAGAUCAUGGGCCAGCAGUAGAGGUUUGA